CUUGUUUAAACGCCACUUUGUUUAGUUGCCUCCCUUAUUUUCCAAUUUGAAUCAAGCAAAAAAACAACAGAAUUCAUUGAUGCUGUUUAUUAUCCAACUCAGAAAACUGUCGGCCCUUUUAUUAACAGCACAGCUCCAUCCGCAAUGGCGUGCUCUUCACUCCUGUUUCUCAAACUUUUGCAAAACACAUAAAUAUUUUUCCCUCUAUUUUUCUCCUUCUUGUCCUCCAGCUACUACUAUCCACGCCAACAUUUAUUACGACAAACAUUAUCCUCACUAUUACAAGCUAAAAACAUCUCUAGAACCAUCAUUUUAACGACCUUCCGAAACAAACAUGCGCCUUAUCUGUGUCAGCAUUGCUACACUGGCGCUGACACUGGCCCUGCCACCGCAGUUUGCUCCCCGCUAUAACCGCAGGGCUAAUGAUCUUGAAGCGGCAAUUUACGACGAGCUUGUUGACGCUUUCGCCCUGGACCCAGUUAUUUCUGCGGCUCUUGAUGGUAACGUUGACAUUGCCGGUGGUGAUGUUGCUGGUAUUACCGAUAACAUUGCAGAUAUCAAUGCAAUGACUCCGGCUGCAGUGCUUCCUCAAGCAGCAACCGCCAAUGCUCUGCCCGCGUUAACUGCUAGUACAAUGUAUCCAGUUGCACCAGCACCUCUGCCCGCUGCAGCACCAGCACCAGCACCUUUGCCCGCUGCAGCACCAGCACCUUUGCCCGCUGCAGCACCAGCACCUUUGCCCGCUGCAGCACCAGCACCUUUGCCCGCU